AAAAGUGACGUGCCAAUGGCCAGGAGGACACAGACUGCUACCCAAAGACCCAGAUGGGCAAACAGCUUGCCACACAGCAUUGAAGCUAUGGUGCUGAUCAGAGUGCUAGCAAAAGUUCUGAUACUACAGCUUUCUUACGCACAAAAGUCUUCUGAACUGGUGAUUGGAGGUGAUGAAUGUAACAUAAAUGAACAUCGUUUCCUUGUAGCCUUGUAUCACUCUAGGCCUAAGACUUUUCUCUGCGGUGGGACUUUGCUCAACGAGGAAUGGGUGCUCACUGCUGCACACUGCAACAGGGUAUUUAUGUACAUCAGGCUUGGUAUGCAUAACAAAAAUGUAAAAUUUGACGAUGAGCAGAUAAGAUACGCAAAGGAGAAGUACUUUUUUCGUUGUCACAAUAACUUUACCAAAUGGGACAAGGACAUCAUGUUGAUCAGGCUGGACAGUCCUGUUAGCUACAGUACACACAUCACGCCUCUCAGCUUGCCUUCCAGCCCUCCCAGUGUGGGCUCAGUUUGCCGUGCAAUGGGAUGGGGUCAAACCACAUCUCCUCAAGAGACUUUGCCUGAUGUCCCUCAUUGUGCUAACAUUAACAUACUCAAUUAUGAGGUGUGUCGAGCAGCUCACCCACAACUGGGGUUGCCAGCGACGAGCAGAACAUUGUGUGCAGGUGUCCUGGAAGGAGGCAUAGAUACAUGUAAUCGUGACUCUGGGGGACCCAUCAUCUGUAAUGGGCAAUUCCAGGGCAUUGUAUUUUGGGGACCCAAUCCUUGUGCCCAACUGGAUAAGCCUGGCCUCUACACCAAGGUCUUCGAUCAUCUUGACUGGAUCCAGAGCAUUAUUGCAGGAAAGAAAACUGUGAAUUGCCCCCCGUGAAAACUUUUGAAAAAGUUACGAGAGAAAAUGUAACAUAUUACUACAUCUCUUCUAUAUCCCUAACCAUAUCCAACUA